ACGGCCUGUGCCUGUGUCUUCGAUGGCUCUUGCUUUCUGAACUACUCAUUUUCGCAUAGUUUUUUUCUGGCAGCGGACAGGGGGCGGUGAGAGCCGGGGUGGGCAGUGGGGGGAGUUUGGACUUUCAGUGACUGGAUUAUCCCGGCCUCUUUUCUGGAAGCGCUUGUGACCAGGUCGCUGCAGGGGGGCCCCACGCCUUCGCACCCUAUGUGAUUUGGCAAGAGGAAGUGUUCAACAAGGCUAGCAAGUGGGCCACCUCGCUCUCUCAUUCGCACCCCCUCUUUGUUUUCGGCGCCCGUGGUGGCGUAACCCUGACCUAGCGUCUGUGGUGUGCGGAGCUUAAAGCCCUCCUCCUCGCUUCUCGCCGCGAAUGCUGGUCCUGCUCCACACUGCAUUCACUCGCGGCGGGCUAAGAGCAGUCAGGGGCGUAGCAGCGCAACGCGGGUAGCCAUUUUCUUCGAGGCCCUUGCCGUCGACCGCGACAGGGAGGGAUUAAAUGUGCAGUGCCUCUUCCAGACGCUCUUUCGCUUUCACCGGAGUGCUUCUCUUUCCGUCUCGUCACUUUCUCCCCCAGCCGGGGCCUUUUUCUCGGACUAGAAGGAGGGCGACCUGGGAGCACGAUGAGUUUCGACAACAUCCCGUCCAAGGCAGAGGUCAUGAGGUGGCAAGCUCCGCAGCUGGCCGACUACAUGAGGAAGAUGGACCUGGGAGGAUGUGACAAAGUCAUCAUGAAGCACACAAUGACUGGACAGAGGUUCCUGACCAUGUCCGACAACGACCUUCAGAAAUUUCCCAAACUCCACACCCCGCUGAUCUCUAAAAUCUGCCGGGAAAUCAAUAAGAAAGAAGAAAAGAGGGGAUUCUUUCCCAAGAAAACAGUGCACAAGUACCCAGAACCAGUUGCUGUUCCAGAGGACGUUGGCUGGGAUUCUGAGGAAUUUGAUCAGAGCGAUGAUGACUAUGAAAGCCCGGAUGCGGACGGCGGGGACGGCAGUGGGGGGGACUACGAGUCUCCUGUCGAGGAGGACCCCCACAGAGACCGGCAGGACAGCGACAACGACAACUACGACUAUGAGCCCCCCCCGUCAGAGCCCCUCGAAGAACUGCCCCGCCAGAUAUGCCCCGCCAAGCCCCUAGGUGACAGCGACUACAUAGAUAAUAACCGGAUCCGGGGUGUGUCAAUGAAGGUGCCCAACAACCUGCCACCCGUCCCCCCCCAGCGCCCAGGGCCCGGACCCCCCCCCCUCUCUACCCGUCCGACUCUCCCUGCGCUACCUGGGCCCCUCCCUCCCAGACGUGAGCAGUCUCCACAGAGGCCCUUCAGGAUAUCAACCAAACCUGUCGCAGGCCCCCCGGCCCCCCAGGUGGACCGCAGUAAGAAGCCCUCCACCCUGGAGCGGGGGCUCCCCUGUCUGCCCACCCCCCCUGAGAGGGACUCUCCCGGACCAGAGAGGAAGCCCUGGGGGAUUGGUGACAGGGCUACACAUCCGAGAAGACCUCCAGUAGUUGAGAAGCCUCCGGAAGCACCGAGGCUGCACAAGCCCCCCGUCCCUGGGCCUGGGGUCGGCAGGAGGGUCUCGUCUGUUGGACAAAACACCUCCAGACCAUUUGCACAAGACAGAAAUGAUGGUCCGGAUGAUGUGGGGGGCGCUGCGUUCAGCUCCAAUACCUUCCCUCUCUCCGGCAGGAGCCUGCCCCCCCGGCCAGGGAUGUCCCCGGCCCACUUUGACAGCUUGCCCUCCAGCCUUCCAGCCACGGCAUCCCUACCCUCCAGGCUCCAGCCCGCGGUGAACAUUCACCGGUCCAGCUCCAGGAGUCAGGCAGACCACUGCCCCAGGCCCCCACCUCAACCCCAGAGAGCCUCCAUCCCCGUCCCAGAGCCUGAGAGUGAACAGGACCUGAACCCGCAGUGGUACGUGGGCCCGGCAACACGGGCGGUCGCCGAGGGAAACUUGAGGCGGAUAAACCAGGAUGGCACGUUUCUGGUGCGGGACAGCUCAAGGGGCUCUUCCACACAGCCCUACACUCUCAUGGUGCUGUAUCAGGACAAGGUGUACAACAUUCAGAUCCGCUAUAACGCCGACGAAGACAUCUACCUGCUGGGCACGGGCUUCAAGAUCAGCGAGAACUUCCUUCAGGUUAAAGACAUCAUCGCGCACCACCGGCAGACGCCCCUUCUGCUGAUCGAUGCCAAAGACCGCCGAGCAGGCCAGCAGUGUCUGCUCACACACGCGGCAGGGUACUGACCGCGCGCCGCCCAACCUGCACGCAGAGGAACGGCACGACCCCAAGGGAGAGACCAUGGAGAGCUUUCUAUUCUGGAACGCGUAAUGGACAACCCUCAACCCCAUGAAAAGGACAAAGCAGUCUGCAGGAUUGUUCGACACACCCGCCGUGUUUAGCAAUGAGAUCUGAUGGCUGCGCGGGAUGUGGUAUCAAAGGUUGCCAGGAGGGGGCGCCAUCAUUUCAAAUACGGCACUCCAAACAAACCUUAUCCACCUGCCGUUGUCUGCGGUUAUUUAAUUAUUAUUUUUUUGUUUUGUUUUUUAAACCAAGUGUUAUUAUGUUUUUAAUUUAAAAGAUUGAAUUGAUUUAUCAGGUUCAUAUUGUGUGACAGCUAGUGUAGCAGGCUCCUGUGUUGGGUGGAGCUGAGGAGCAUUCAAACUUAGCGAUGCAAACGUAACUUGAAUAGCGCAGUGGAGCAAGGGCAGUUUGUAAACCACAGCUGUCUGUCGCAGCCUCUGUCUCUGACCGAAACAGGGCUGAUUCAUCCAUGUUUCAGUCAAAUCCACAGACCUUCUCACUGCCUCAUUUCUGCUAUUUUACCUUUUUCUUCAAUAAAACUAUUUCUGUGCAUGUUCUAUCCCUAAAGUGCAUGUUCUAUCCCUAAAUUGAAUAAAUUCUACAUUUCUA